AUGAAGGGAGGCGAAAAGCAAGGUGGUAAGGUGGAUAAAUUGAAGCCAAUAAUAGCGAUCAUAUCACUCCAAUUCGGAUAUGCAGGCAUGUAUAUCAUAACUAUGGUCUCCUUCAAGCAUGGCAUGAACCAUUGGAUCCUUGCUACGUACCGACAUGUCGUCGCCACCAUUGUCAUCGCUCCUUUUGCUCUCAUUCUAGAGAGGAAGAUAAGGCCUAAGAUGACAUGGCCAUUGUUCCUUAGGAUUCUUGCCCUCGGAGUUCUAGAACCGCUUAUGGACCAGAACUUCUACUACAUAGGAAUGAAAGCCACAUCAGCAACGUACAGCUCUGCCUUUCUUAAUGCACUUCCCGCCGUCACCUUCAUAAUGGCUGUCAUUUUCAGGUUAGAAACUGUGGAUUUGAAGAAGGUACGUAGUCUUGCAAAGGUGGUUGGAACAGCAAUAACAGUUGGAGGAGCUAUGGUGAUGACGUUGUACAAGGGUCCAGCCAUCCAACUCGUCAAGGCCGCUCAUAACUCAUUUCACAGCGGCUCCUCCUCCUCCGAGACAACCGACCAACACUGGGUUACCGGAACCCUAAUGAUUAUGGGUAGUAUCAGCAGUUGGGCAGGUUUCUUCAUUUUACAAUCAUUCACGUUGAAAAAAUACCCGGCGGAGCUUUCACUAGUGAUGUGGAUAUGCGGGAUGGGGACGAUCCUAAACGCCGGUGCUUCGCUCAUAAUGGUGCGUGACUUGAGCGCAUGGAAAAUCGGCAUGGACUCGGGCUUACUCGCGGCUGUUUACUCGGGAGUGGUUUGCUCGGGGAUGGCGUAUUACAUACAAGGCAUUGUGAUACGGGAACGAGGCCCAGUGUUUGCAACUUCGUUUACUCCUCUCUGCAUGAUCAUCACUGCCUUCCUCGGUGCCUUAGUUUUGGCCGAAAUGAUCCAUCUCGGAAGUAUAAUAGGGGCGAUUUUCAUAGUAUUUGGACUAUACAGCGUCGUGUGGGGAAAAGCUAAAGAUGAAGUGGUUUUGGAGGAGGAAAAAACUGGAUUGCAUGAGUUGCCGAUCACCAAUAUAGCAAAACCAAAGGAGGGUGCACCGGACAAAAGUGUGGCUACAACUUAA